AUGUGCCAAAGCCUCUCCCCUUCUCUCGCCAUCCUCUGCUCCAAAACGGGCCUGCUUUUCGUGCCCGGCGCCAUCGACAGACGCACCGUGGAGCUCCGGCUACAGGAAAACUUCAUUACAGCUGUCCGGAGGAAGGACUUUGCCAACAUGACGGGGCUGCUGCACCUGACUCUGUCCCGGAACACCAUCAGUCAGAUCCUGCCCGCGGCCUUCAGUGACCUGCGCCGCCUCCGAGCCCUGCACCUCGACUCCAACAGAUUAACUGUGAUCAAGGAUGACCAUUUCAAAGGCCUCACCAACCUGCGUCAUCUCAUCCUGGCCAACAACCAGCUCCACUCCAUAUCACCCCAUGCCUUCGAUGACUUCCUGGGCACGCUGGAGGACCUGGACCUCAGCUACAACAACCUGAUGGAGGUUCCCUGGGAAACCAUCGGACGCCUCACCAACGUCAACACUUUGAAUAUGGACCAUAACCUCAUAGAGAAUGUGCCUCAAGGAGUUUUCACCAACCUCCACAAACUGGCCAGGCUUGACAUGACGUCUAACAAGCUAAAGAAAAUCCCCCCGGAUCCAUUGUUCCUGCGAAUCCCGGUUUACGCCAAGUCCAGAGGCUCACCCCUGUCCUCGCUGGUGCUGAGUUUUGGUGGGAACCCUCUUCACUGUAACUGUGAGCUGCUGUGGCUGAGGAGGCUGACCCGCGAGGACGACCUGGAGACGUGCGCAUCUCCGCCCGAUCUGAGCGCCAAGUACUUCUGGACCAUUCCUGAAGAGGAAUUCAUCUGUGAUCCCCCAGUCCUGACCCGUAAGUCUCCUCAAACCAUGGCGAUGGAAGGCCAGCACGCCAGCCUCAAGUGCAAAGCCAACGGAGACCCAGAGCCAGAGGUGCACUGGAUCAGCCCCGAAGGCAGACUCAUAUCCAACACCUCCAGAACCAUGGUCUACCCAAACGGAAGCCUGGAAAUCAAUGGCACCACCGCAAAGGAUGCUGGGAACUUCACCUGCAUAGCCUCCAAUGCCGCGGGCGAGUCGACGGGCCGGGUGGAGCUGGUGGUGACCGCGGUGCCCCAUCUGGCCAACAGCACCAGCCGAAGUCGGGACCCUUCCUCCGCGGAUCAGGCCCCCUCCGACAUCCUCACCUCGUCGAAGGCCGCGUCGCCUAGCAACGAGACCAGGGGGGCGGAUAAGAGAGUGACAUUGGUGGAGCUGACGGGAAACUCCGCCCUGAUCAGGUGGAGCAGCCAGACGCCCAUAACGGGAGUGAGGAUGUUCCAGGUCCAGUACAACAGCUCCGGAGACGACACCUUGGUCUACAGGUCUGUACCCGGGGUUUUCUAUCACGCUUUUUGGCUUUAA